GUUCGCACUCGCCGACGAGCAGGCGGCGGCGCAAACUCUGCUUCCGGCGAGGAGCCACGCGUUCGGCGCAGCGACUGAAGCGGCGGCGACUCCGCCCGGAACGCGACCAGAUCCCCUCAUGUCGUUCGCCGGUGUGUCGGUCGUCGACGGCGCCAAGCGCUGCACCUGCGACACGUCGGCCGUCUACGCCGGCGCGGACAGCGGGUACCACCUGCUCAUGGUCAGGGACUACUCGCGUACCAAGCUUCAGUUGCCCACCGGCGAGAGCGCCACCACCGGCCUUUUCACGGUGGGAGAAUAUGACUGGUACAUCGAGUACUACCCCAACGGAGAAAACCCGAACUGCCGGGACUUCGUUUCGCUCUACGUCACGAGGCAUACCCUCUACGACUGCGAGGGCGAAGAGGAUGUGGAGGCCAAGUUCAGCUUCAGUCUCGUCGACCAGCUUGAGAAGCACAAGCCAGUGUACAUUCAUGGAACCAAUAAAACCUGCACCUUCUCCAGCAGUGCUCCCUCCUGGGGCAGCGACAGAUUUGUGAGACGAGACGCCCUGGAACGAUCGGCGCACCUAAAGGGCGAUUGUUUCACCAUCCGGUGUGACAUCAUGGUUGUUUGCAAGGAUCACAAAAUCGAGGAUGCCGCUGGCGCCAUAUCUGACAUAAACCAACAUUUUGCCCACCUCCUUCAAAACAAGGUGGGUGCUGAUGUGACAUUUGAGGUCGGUGGCGAGACGUUCGCCGCACACCGGUGUGUGCUUGCAGGCCGGUCUAAAGUGUUCAUGGCGCAGCUCUUUGGCCCCAUGAAGGAGGGCGCCACAACAUCCAGCGUCAUACAGAUCAAAGACAUGGAAGCAAAAGUGUUCAGGGCUUUGCUAAGCUUCAUCUACACAGAUUCACUCCCUGCCAUGGAGAAGGACAGCAUGGAGGAUGAAAUGUCAGAAGUUAUGGACGAAGGGCGAGAAGAAGCAGCAGAGUUUGAAAUGUGGCUGCAAUGGUUGGAAGAUUUGUUUGUGGCGGCAGACAGAUACGAUCUCCAAAUGCUCAAGUUAAUCUGCGAAAAGCAGUUGUCUGAGCACAUAAGUGUCAGCUCGGUGACGUCCACUCUUGCUCUAGCUGAGAAGCACCACUGCUGUGGAUUGAAGGAGGCGUGCUUGAAGUUUAUCCAAGUGCAGUCUCCCUCAUGCUUGCAAACAGUAAUGGCAACUAGUGGCUGGGAUCAUAUAGCAGUGACCUAUCCCUGGGUUGUGAAGGAGUUCAUUGCCAAGCUUGCUUCGAACCAGCGCAAGUAACACUCUGUAUAGGGGUAGGUAUGUUCCUUAGACCUGCAGUGGCGCUCUUAUGCAUAUAUGGAUCCUCUUAAGAGAGGUCAUAGUCCGUACGUCUUUUUUUUGUCUCACUCAUGUAAUUUGCCUAUAUGCUGAAUAUCAACAAAAGAAAUCCAACAUAUGGUCAAAUUGUCUCUUCA